GACGCAAAGAUUUACCGGAUUGGCAUAAAAAACGUUAUUUGUAUGCGGAUCUAUUAUCUCGACCCAGACGUCCGAUGAGAGAAAAAGGUAGUACGGUGAAGUACGAUGAAUUUGAUUUCAACAAUGACGAAUAUGAAAAUAGACUAAUUUUGGAAAUUUGGGAUUUUUCUCUUUACUCAGAGAGAUGGAUACAAAAAGAAUGCUUGAAUGGCAUUAGCCAAAGGAAGAAUUUAAACGGAUUUCCAGUUGGAAAAUUUAUGCAAAUAUGGAAAUGUGAGGGCGAAAUCCAGAAAAAAAGAAGGCUGGUUGGAAAAUUUGAUGUUUUAAACUCAACGGCGAUGCGCACACAAUCGGUUUCCCUUUGGAUGGAAUUAAGGAGUAAGGGGAAAGGGGAAGAUUUUAUGGAUAGAAAAUGA